AUGUAUAUAAAGUCUAUGGUAUUAGAAGGAUUUAAAUCGUACGGAAAAAGAAUAGAAAUAAACGGUUUCGAUAAAGAGUUUAACGCGAUCACAGGAUUUAAUGGUAGCGGUAAAUCAAAUGUUCUCGAUGCAAUAUGCUUUGUUUUGGGUAUUACAAACCUUGUACAGGUACGUGCAGCAUCAUUACAAGAUUUAGUUUAUAAAUCUGGCCAAGCAGGUACAAAGAAAGCUAGUGUUACUAUAACAUUUGACAAUAGAGAUAGUAGUUCAUCUCCUAUGGGAUAUGAACAUCAUGAAGAAAUAACAGUUACAAGACAAGUUAUAAUUGGUGGUAAAAAUAAAUACUUGAUCAAUGGAUCUAAUGUUCAAAACAAACGUGUUCAAGAUAUGUUUUGUUCUGUUCAAUUGAAUGUAAACAAUCCACAUUUUUUGAUAAUGCAAGGAAGAAUAACAAAGGUUCUAAAUAUGAAACCUGUUGAAAUUUUAUCUAUGAUAGAAGAAGCUGCAGGUACUCGAAUGUAUGAAAAUAAAAAAGAUGCAGCUUUAAAAACUAUAGAAAAGAAGGAUGGUAAACUAAAGGCAAUAAAUGAUAUUUUGAAAGAAGAAAUAGGUCCAAGAUUAGCAAAACUUAAUGAAGAAAAGACACAGUACGUUGAAUUUCAACGUAUAGAUAGAGAGCUAGAACAUUGCAAAAGAAUUUAUCUUGCAUGGAAGUAUGUGAAAACUUUAAAUGAAAGUCAAGAAGCAGAAGAGAAUGUACAAAUUAUCAAAGAUAAAAUAGAAGAGAACAUCAAGAGCAUUAGUGCUGGUAAAGAAGAAAUUAAAAAUAUAGAGAAAGAAUAUGAUGAAUUGGCUCAACAAAGAGAUGAUGAACUAGGAGGUGAGUUAGAAUCUUUGCAACAGGAAUUAAAAGAAACAGAAAAAAAGCAAAUUAAAUUAACAGCAGAAAUUAAUAGCAAUAAAGAAAGUACCAAAGCUGCUGAAACAGCAGUGAAACAAUUAAAGGAUAAUAUAGUAGAUGAUCAAAAUGCUUUUACAUCAAAGCAAGAAGAAUUUUCUAAAGUUGAAGAGCUUUUUAAAAACUUGAAAGAGAAGGAUGAACAGGACAGUAAAGCAGUAUUAAUUGCACAAGAAAAGUAUAAAAAAAUAAGUUCUGGUUUAUUGGAAAGUCAAAAUGGUGAAAAUGCAACAUUAGAACAGCAAUUAAUAAGUGCUAAAAAAAAUGUAACAGAAGCACAGACACAGCUUAAGCAAUUUGAAAUGACAUUAAAUCAUAAUAGAGCACAACUAAAAAAUAAAAAAGCAGAUAUGAAAAAUACUGGAGAUGAGUACAAAAAAUAUACUAAGGAUUUAGAGAUUAAAGAGAAGGAAGUAAAAAAUUUGGAAAAUGAACUGAAGAAGUUAAAUUACGAAGAUGGAUGUAUAGAACAUCAUCGAGAACAAAGAAAUAUUUUGAGAAAUGAAAUAAGAAGAUUGGAGGAAAGAGUAGACGAUUUUGAAUCAAGAUAUCCUCAAAUUAGGUUUGAAUAUCAAAAACCUGAACCUAACUUUAAUCAUAACUCUGUGAAAGGAGUUGUAUGUAAACUAAUGACAGUAAAAGAUAAAAGAGCAGCAUAUGCUUUAGAAAUUGCUGCAGGAGGAAAGUUGUACAAUGUAAUAGUGGAUACAGAAACUACAAGUAAGAAAAUACUUCAACGUGGUCAAUUACAAAAACGUGUUACUAUAAUUCCUUUAAAUAAGGUGCAUGGAAGACCCAUGGAUAAUGCAUUAGUUCAAUUGGCACAGAGGAUAGGUGGUGUAGAAAAUGUUCAACCAGCAUUAUCUCUUGUAGAUUCUUCACAAGACAUUAAAUCGGCAAUGACAUGGAUUUUCGGACAAAUAUUUAUUUGUAAAGAUAUUGAAACUGCUAAAAAAGUAGCAUUUCACGAGAAUAUAAUGAAAAAGUGUGUUACUUUAGAAGGUGAUGUCGUUGAUCCUGCUGGUACUUUGUCCGGUGGUGCACCAUCAAAAACUGGAUCAAUUCUUUUGAAGUUGGAUGAAUUAAAAACUAUUCAAAACGAAUUACGUAUUAAACAACAAACUCUUCAAAAUACUGAGAUCACUUUAACAAAUAUGAACAAUGUUUCUGAGAAAUAUUCUUCACUGAAACAAAAAUUUGAUUUACGCAAUUAUGAAAUCAGUAUGGUGAAACAAAGAUUAGAACAAACGGAAUAUUAUAAACUACAGGAAGAGAUUGAUUCUUUAGAGAAAUGUAUUGAAGAACUUUUGCAAAAAAAGACAGAGGCAGCAAAAAAUGAGAAGGAAAGUGCUAAACUUGCCGCAACACUGGAACACCAAUUAAAAGAUGUGGAUAAUAUUCGUAAAAAGCAAUUAAAGGAAAUUGAAAAUGAAUUAGAAAAAUUGAAGAAAAAAGCUGAAAAUAGUCGCAAGGAGUGGCAAAAAAGAGAACAUGAGGCAGAGACACUUCAAUUGGAAAUCAAAGAAUUGCAGAAGAGUAUAGAAGCUGGAAAAGAACAGUUAGUAGCAUCUGAAGAAACGUUAAACGAGUUAGAAGAAAAAGCAAAGUCAUUAGGACAAGAACUAGAUGAAAUAAAAGCUAAUGUAAAUCAGUUACAAUGUGAUAUAAAUGAACGAAAAACCGUUAUCAAUCAGCAAAAUGCUUUCAUGAAGAAGCUUAUAACACGAAAAGAAGAUAUUAUAAAACAAAGUAAAGAAGCAGAAUUAGACAUUCAAAAGUUAAAUCAUGAAAUUAACUCGAUUAAAAAUAUUGCUACAGAUUGUAAAGAAAGAGUUUCUGAUCUUACUCGGAAAUACGAAUGGAUUGAACAAGAUAAAAUUUAUUUCGGGAAAACAGGUAAUACAUAUUUUAGACUUAACCAUAAAAUAUAAGUACAACGAUUACAAUCGAUGCGUGAAAAACUAAGUCGAAAUAUUAAUACACGUGCUAUUAGUCUCUUUGAUAAAGAGGAAGAACAAUAUAAUGAAAUGAUGAAGAAAAAGAAAAUAGUUGAAAAUGAUAAAAGAAAAAUAUUAGAAACAAUUAAAUAUUUAGAAGAAAAAAAGAAGGAAACAUUAUUAAAAGCUUGGGAACAAGUAAACAAAGAUUUCGGUUCAAUUUUUAGUAGUUUACUGCCAGGGGCUGAUGCAAAGUUACAACCUCCUGAAAAUCAAACUGUCACUGAUGGGUUGGAAGUGAAAAUUGGAUUUUCUGGGAUUUGGAAAGAAUCCUUAGGAGAAUUAUCUGGCGGACAAAGAUCUUUAGUGGCUCUGUCCUUAAUUUUGGCUAUGCUUUUAUUUAAGCCUGCUCCACUUUAUAUUUUAGAUGAAGUUGAUGCCGCGUUAGAUCUUUCUCAUACGGAGAAUAUUGGUACAAUGCUAAAAAGGCAUUUUAAACAUUCACAAUUUAUUGUUGUAUCAUUAAAGGAUGGAAUGUUCAACAAUGCUAAUGUAAUAUUUACAACUAGGUUUGUUGAUGGAAUGUCAACAAUAUCUAGAUGUGAAAGAAGAAGAAAUAAGUAA